CGGUGCCGCCCCGCCAUGGCGGCGCACGCCCGCGCCUGGCUCGUGUUCGGGUUCAGCCCUGAGGAGGCGGCCGGGGAGCCGGGCCCGGGCCCAGCGCCGCGGCGGCUGGAGGCGGGUCCCGAGGGGAUCCUCCGCGUGUGGCCCUCGUGGAGCUACGUGGUCGUGGAGACCGGCGCGGGCCUGGAGGUGCGGAGCGCGGGGCUGCGGCGGCGGCUGCCGGGCUGGGCCGAGGCGCUGCCGUCCGAGACGCACCUGGUGCUGCGGGGCCCGGCCGAGGCCCGCGCCUGGCGGCGGGAGGCGGCGGUGAGGGGUGAGCUGCAGGACGAGCCCGCCUGGAGCCGGGCGCUGCCGCCGGAGCCCCCCCAGUCCCCGCCGCUGCCGCUGCUGCCCGGCGGCUUCGCCACGCCGCGGCCGCCGUUCUUCACCGCGCUGCCGGCCGGGCUGCGCGCCCGCCGGCUCGCCCUGGGCACGGAGCACGCCCUGGCGCUGGGAGCCGCCGGCGAGGUCUUCACCUGGGGCGGCGGCAGGCACGGGCAGCUCGGCCACGGGAUGCUGGAGUCGGAGCCGCAGCCACGGCUGGUGGAGGCGCUGGCCGGGGUGCCCAUGUGGGCAGUGGCAGCUGGCGGGUGGCAUUCGGCCAGCGUCAGUGAGGCAGGAGACCUGUACAUGUGGGGCUGGAACGAGUCAGGGCAGCUGGCUCUGCCCUCCAAAGCACUGGUAGAAGAGCAGGCUCAGGAUAAUGUGGGCACAGGGAAUGCCAAGCUGGUGCCCCACGGCGAGCAGUCGGCUGCCAAAGACACCUCAUUCAUCUCCAUCCAGGCAUUCCCAGCGCUGCUGGAUCUGCCACAGGACCUGGAGGUCAGUGGGGUGAGCUGCGGGUCCCGACACACAGCUGUUGUCACACGAGGUGGAGAGCUCUACACCUGGGGCUGGGGUAAAUACGGACAGCUGGGACACGGGGACAUCACCAGCUCUGACCAGGCACGCCGGGUUGAGCACCUGGUGGCUGAGGGGCUGCGGGCAGAGGAGGUGGUGUGUGGGCCCUGGACCACCUAUGUCCGUGUGUUGGAGCUGUGAGGGCCCCAGAGCCCCCCCUGCCCCACCAUGGCCCCUGCCAUGAGGAGGAUGAGGGUGAGCUUUGCUCUGUAGGACCAGCCCCAAGACCAUCUGGGACAUGGAUUGAGGCUGCAGGCCCUGAGGGUGGCUCCUGCUUGGCUCACACUCCUGGAGCCGCACGAGAUUUUGGGGUGUCGAAUUUUCCCCUCACCCAAUCCCAUUCCUUCCCCCCAUUUCUUCUCCUCCUGCUCACCACAGGCACCACCCCAACAGACUUGGAGUUGGGGACUGUACAGGGACUUUAUUCACAACAUCUGGAAAAAUUUUUUAAAUAAAAGCAAAUUUCUCAAA